AUGCAGAUUAAAGUGCCGGGGGGCUCGUUCACAGGUGCGAUUGAAGGAGAAAUCGUGAGGUUCCGAAAUGUCCCUUAUGGCAUUCUAAAGGCUCGAUUUACAGAGGCCGAGAUGGCCAAUAACGUAGGCGACUGUGACUGCACCCGUCAAGGACCGUUAUGCCCGCAAGAUAAGCCUUACAGAGACAGCUAUCUGAGUGUUGCCGAGGAAGAUGUGAUCGAAUUCGAAGAGGUUUACGAUGAAAUGAACUGCCUCAAUCUAAUGAUUACAAUGCCCAAAUCCGUAGGCACGGCCAAGCUCCCAGUGGUAGUAUGGGUACAUGGCGGUGGUAAUUCUGCUGGAACGGCAUAUCGUGGGGUAAACGACCCCAAGGAUUGGGUGCAACGCGGUAUUGAUAUUGGGAAACCUUUCAUUGUUGUAACAAUUCAGUACAGAGUGCAUUUCUUCGGCUUUUUACCUUUCAAAGGGAAAGGAAAUUUCGGCCAGUACGAUCAACUGCUGGCCACAGACUGGGUUCACAAGUACAUUGGCUACUUUGGCGGUGAUAAAGACCGAGUCACAGUGGCUGGACAAUCAUCUGGCUCGUUUUGUGUGUGGAACGUUAGCUGUCGUCCCGAUGCAAAAUUCAAACAGGCUGCAUAUCUCUCAGGUUCCCUGAAAGGUACUUCUACAAGGUCACUUGAAGAGUACGAAGAGUUGACCAAAAAGAUUUGUAACUUGCUCAAUUGCACGGAAGACGAGCUGCAAACAUGUCCAUGGCAUGACCUGGUACGGGCAUACAAGGAACUUGGUAUUCAAGUUUUGAUGCAGUGUGACGAUGGGCAUUUCAAACCAAAAGGAGAAUGGCACAAACCUCCACAAAACAUGCAUCGAGUGAUUAUCAGUGAUUGCAUAGAAGAUGGCCAAUUCUUCACUGAUGGAUUACAGGAAGGACAACUAGUGGGGAUGUUACAGCAGCUAAUCCCCGAGUCUGUCCAAAAAGUUUACCCUUUAAAAACCGACCAUCAAGCGAUUCGGCUGCUAACAGACUAUAUAUUUGCAGCCGGAAACCACAGUGUGGACUGUGAGAUGCAGCAAACUAUCAAGGUGUUUCGACAGCUAUUUGACGCAACGAAUCCUGUAGAUCCGUCGCGCGGUAACAUUCACAUGGUAGAGCUGCUCUAUCUAUUGCAUGCAUACAAAGUGAAGCCAGAAUAUCUGCCACUGGUCCAUAGAGUUCAAGAUUUGUGGAUUGAUCUCAUCUAUUAUGAAGACCCUUGGGAUCCCAAACAAGAGUUUUUAAGAGUCGAGAGCACUACCGUUGUUGAGCCAAGAGAAAAUCUGUCAAAGUACAGAGCGAUAGACAAGUUUCACGUCUUGGAUAACGAGGUUGUUAGGAAAUCUAGAAAUACAAUUAGUGGUUGGUAG